AGCAUUAGUAUUGCUUUCUUUUGACUUUUGCACCUUGUUGGAAUCUUAGCUACAAAAAGUUUCUUCCUCGUAAUCAUCUCCGAGUCUAUAAAUAGAUUCAAAGCUCAUCCUUGAAUUGAAUUAAGAUUUUAAGAGAGUAAACAUGGCUGCUGCUACUUGUAGAAACACUGAUAUAUGGGCAUGGAUCCAAAACCUUCCACCGCUAACUCAAUGGAAGAAGGAUUCCAUGUCGAUAUGCAUAUGCUCAUCAAACUCAUCGUUAGCAACCCUCAGUCUCAACAUAACCAAAAACAUUUCAACCAAAUCAAUCUCCUUUUCCAUCUUUGCAAACUUUAGCCUUCCUGUAUCCCUUUGGACCUCAAAACCAAUUUAUGUCUUAAGCCCUUCCACAAACCUCCUGGGUGACGAAAACACGAUAUAUUAUCUCAUUUCGAUUUUCAUUCAAGAUGUAUUCAAGUACGGACCUACAAAAAACAUUAACCCUAUAAAAAUCCCCAAGAUUGAUCCUACAUAUAACUUGAAACACAUCUUCAAUGUUUCCAUUCUUACCUUAGUUUUCUUAGUUUGUAUAUAUGAAGCUCCAACUGAUCUUCGCUUCAAUUGUCUUAAAGCUCUAAAAGAUCAGCUUUCAACUAUGGAAUCUCGUGAAGCCUCAAAGCUACUGAUGAGGAUCUUAGGGUCUAACAUUGAACAACAAUGGAUGAGAUGCUUGAAUCUAGCUAUCACAAACUGGAAAAUGGAGCUAAAAGCAGCCAACCAAAUCCUCAAAGGUCCGUCUCCUCUGUUUUCCCAUGGUUUUUCAACUACCGGGCUGUGGAAAGUUCAGCUAUAUUGUCCUAUAAUAACUAUGGAAAUCGAGAACACAAGUGGUUCAGCUGAUGAGCGUUUAGCCUUUUCUCUAAACUACCACCAUCUUGAGGGUGUCAUACAGCUCAAUUAUAAAGCCAUAGUCAAGGAGAAAUGGAUUGAAGUAAUGGUAAACAUCGACAAUAUAAGGCUAGAUGUGGUUCGACUAGUAAGUGAGAAGCUUCUAAAAGAUCGAGGAGCAGGGGCAGCAGAAAAGCACUUCCCUUCAAGAAUGUCACUGCAACUCACACCAGGACCUCAGACAGACAUUUUAAGCGUGUCAGUAAGCAAAUCUUCAGAGAAUCCAAAGAAGGAAAUAGAAAUAGAGAAGACAAUAGAAGGAUCAUUCGAGCCUCUUAACAAAGUGGGAGUCCAGGUAUCAGCAGGAGAGACCACAACAAGAGUCUUCAAACCAUGGAAAUUUGAGGAGACUGCAAAGGGUGACAGCGGGGGUUUGAACUGGUUUCUGCAUGACAGUAAUGACGGAAGAGAGGUCUUUUCAUCUAAACCUUCCCCUAUGAAAAUGUUUCAGCCUAAGGCGUGGUUUAAGCACCGGUAUUCUAAUGCAUACAGGCCUUUUACUAGACAGGGAGGGGUUAUAUUUGCAGGAGAUCAGUAUGGGGAAACGGUAUGUUGGAAAGUGGACAAAUCAGCUAUUGGGAAGAGAUCAAUGGAGUGGGAACUUUCUGGUUGUAUUGGAUUAACAUACUGGCCAAAUAGGUACAGGACAUUGUACAAUGAAACAAGGAGAGCUGAGUUCAAAGAAACUCUGCAGCUUACUCUAGUGUAGAAUGUUUCUCGUUUAGUUUCUUCCCCUGUAAACCAACAUUGCUUGUCAGACGGUUAGAUUGUUUGUUUUCUUCCAUUGCUAUUACUAAUGGUGGUAAUUUGGAUUCCUGAUUAGAGGACAACUAGUCCUGUAUUUUUUUAUUUUUUUUUUCUGUACUCAAUUUUCAGUUGUUAAUAUACUACUAUGAAUGUUUUUCUUAUCAA